CCGAUAGUGCUCAAUACAUAAAAACAGCCAAAUGUUAUGGAUUACCUUCGAUACAAAUUUUUCCUCGAAGGUUUCCUUUCCAUUUGUGUGAUCAAUAUCAAACAAGAAUAUAACAAGUUCUAGAAUAAAGUGAUCCCAGUUAUUGUAAAACCUCCCAAGCGCAAUGGCAGGUGACGAAAAUGACAAGAAUGAGGAAGAAAAGGACCUGGAGCUAGAUCUCAUGGCCGAGCAAGAGCUUCUCCGGCUCACCAGACAAUACAGGGUGAUGGAGGGAGACAAAGAAGCUUAUUUGGAAGAAGCUACCAAAGCUUUGAGAAGACAAAGAAAGACCAUGGAAGACCUGGAGGCUGAAAGAGAUGAGUUACGCCAAUGCCACAAAACUGCGGCUUCUAAACGCAACAGCAAAAAGGAUGGAGAGAACGCCGCCAAAGUAGCCAGACUUGCGGAAGAGCAGGAGACUUUGAUCAAUGCCAUGAAAUCCGAAAAGACGGUCACGAAGGAUUUGGAUACCGAGAUUCGACGGAUCGAACGUCAAAUUGGCAAUCACUUGAAAUCUGCCAAACUAAUUCCAAAGACUUCCAAGCCUGGAACCAAUGUGUCGCGAGAGAAACGAGAUGUCUCUCAAAGAAUCACUCUCCUCGAAAAUCGCCUAGAUGGUGUCAUGAUCAACUUCAACGCUACCUUAUCUCAAAAUAGCGUGAUCAGGAAAGAGAUUGACCAUUUGGUCCAAGAGCGCUCCACAUUCAACGAAAUGAUUAGUCGACUCCAGAAAAAAAUAGCUGUGAACAAGAAGACGAUUGCUGACAUCACAGAAUUAGCUAUUCAAGCAUUCGAUCAGCGUGAUGAAUGCCAAUCUAAGAUUCAGGCUCUCCAAGAGAGGAACGAAAAGGAUGCUCAGCAAUAUGCAGCAGAAUUGAAGGAGCUCCAAAGGACAUUGGACCAUGACGAGAAAUUGAAGGAUUUUCUAUUCAACAAAAGCAACGAUCGCGUGUUUGCCUCUCAAAUGGAGGAGGAUGAAAAGGAGCGAGGAAAGAAAGCAGCCGAGGAGAAAGAAAUGGAGGACGUUCAAAAGUACAAGGAUGCAUUUGAUAACAUCCGGAAGAUCGUGGGAGCGGAUUCAAGUCUCGAUAAGAUUGUGGCAGACUUCAUUAAGGUCGAGGAUCAAAAUUUCGCCCUCUUCAACUACGUCACCGAAAUGAACAAUCAGGUGGAAGCUCUUCAAGAGGGGAUUUCAAGGUUGAAGGGCGACAUUAAGGAGGCCAAAGGUCGAGGAGACGAGCGUGAGCGCCUGCAGAGAGAGCAACUUGAGGGCAUGGAGAAGAAGUUGAGCACCUCCAUGCACGAGGCCGAUUCAGCAGAGACCAAACUCAACCUAAUGGAAGGAGUCAUUUCCAAACUCAAGGUUGGAUCAGAAGACCUGUAUCUGAUUUCCAAAGUGGGAUCCACGCCAGUUCUUUCGCUUCUGGGUGCCAACAUCCCAAGGGAUCAGGAGCCUGAAAGGCCGUUUAUCAAUGAGAGCAACGUCAUCAUGUACUUGGACAUGGUCCACGAGAAGAUCAUCGAGCUGAAGGGCAUUGCUCAAUAUUUGGAAUUCAAAAGUGGCAAAACCUUGGCUCCACCGAUCACCAGCUCAUCUGGCACGUCCCCAUCAGUUCAAGCCAUGCCUAAAGCGCCUUUCAAACAUUUGCUUGGAGCUGAGAAAGUGCUCAAGCGAGCACCUUCGAGUGCACAAAUCUUGGGAAAAUCCGACAAUGACGUAUUGGAUGCCAUGGACUCGGAUGAUGAAGCGGUUCCAUUUGACUUAUCUGCCUUAAAAACAAGGGCUUUUGUGCAAACGCAAAGAGAACGACGAGAGGCAUCACUGACCGGAGGACAAGGGGGUGCCGGGUCAAAAAAGGAUUCUGAUGGAUUAUCGGACACUCGUGGAGGAAGUGCCAAGCGACGGAGCAAGCCCAAGAAGUCCAAGUGAAUUACCUCUGGAUGGCAUGGAAAAUAUAUGUGCACUUUUUUAUUAUUAAACGUAUUGCAACUCUCUGAGCAUAUUUUAUGAGUUAGAAGAGACUGCUGGAAAGCUUCCGAAUUCUGACUUGUGCCUUUGAAACUCGACUCUCUGUCAAUGAUAAAGUUCAUUUCUUAUGUUGCCAACAGAGUCUGAA